AAACAAAUCACCGGGUGUGCAAAAAUGGAGGACAGCGAAAGCAAGAGGCUUUUGCACGAUGAUAAUAUUGUCAGUCCUGAUAGGCAGACGGAUAUUGAAAACAAAGAAAUAUCAUCAUCGAACGAAAGGACAUGCAAAGUAUACAAGAGGCGAUGGUAUGUGCUUUUCGUGUUCACGGUGACCUCGAUGGUAUCGAACAUGAUGUGGAACACUUGGGGUCCUAUCCAAAGAUCAUGUCGGCUUGUGUUCGGUUGGGAAAAAUGGACAGUUCUAUUGCUGUCGUCGCUGGGAGCGAUCGGUCCUAUCAUGGGUGCUUUUCCUUCAACGUGGCUGAUGGAUACGAAAGGAUUAAGGUUAUCUGUUCAGGUCACAUCUGCAAUGCUUCUGGUUGGAAAAGUAAUUCAAGUGAUUCCUUUUCAAGACCUCACAGUAAGAACUGUUGUAAUUUUCAUUGGCCAUCUUAUAGCAAUGCUGCCAAGCUUUAUACCAAAUGGAGCCCCACCCUUGGUGUCAACAGCUUGGUUUCCUCCAAAUGAACGCACAACUGCUACAGCCAUUGGUGCCCUGGCUGCUAAUUUCGGAGCUGCUCUGGCUUUCUUUAUUGGACCCACAAUGAUACCUGAGACAAAUGAUACCUUUGAGGGUAACAAGCAUAAUUUGACAGACAAGGAUGUUAAGUUCAUUGAGGGCAGACUCAUGGAUUACUUCUAUGUACAGAUUGAAAUUGCAGCAUUUCUUUUUUUGUGUGUUUUCAUCUAUUUUCCUUCUAAACCACCUCUUCCUCCAAGUAUAACACAAUUAACAAGAAAACAAACCAAAAUUGGAUAUGUAGAAGGAAUAAAAAUGCUGAUAACCAAUUGGUCCUAUUGGUUGUUGAUCUUUGUUUUUGCAGCAUCAUUUGGCAUCUAUUUUGGUUGGUCAUCAGUUUUAGACCUUGCUGUUCAGCCUUUUAAAAUUGAUGAGAAAACUUCUGGAUUGCUGGGAACUGGUGGAAGUUUAGCUGGAAUUGUUUCUGGAAUUAUUAUUGCAAGGUCGGCAGAUAUCGUAAAGUGGUGGACUAAGGAAAUCCUUGUGGGUCUUUUCACUGGCACCACUAUAAUGCAGCUGAUCUUCACUCUGACCUGUUCACGAAUCUUGCCCUUUUCCCAGGAGCUUUUAUUUGCUUCAAUUAUCUGCAGUGGGUUGUUGUUUAACUGUACAAUUCCACUUCUGUUUGAGCUUAUUAUGGAGUGUGUUUACCCUGUGGGGGAAGGGACAUCUGCCGGCAUAGGCCUUGUUCUGGGUAAUACAGUGAUAUUUGUGUUUGAUGCAGCCUUCAUGUUUCCCAUGUCUAAUGUCCAAUGGAUGAACUGGGUUAGUGUAGGUGGCAUUGCAGUUUGUGUUCCUCUGCUUCUAGCCUAUAAGAGUCAAUAUCGAAGGCUUGAUGUGGACACUGAUUGAAUGAACCACCAUCAUCCUAAACUAUAAUCAGUUCCUCCUUUUUAGGAAAUCCAUUGUGCAAAUAAUUGAUGUUGGGGUAGCACUUGGAACUUUGGACGUGAGAUGCAUGCCUUAAAUUUUUUAAUUUUUUUUUUCGACUUACCAUAAAAAAGGGAAAAAGAAGGAUUGUUCAUAGUCUACUGUCUUCCACUCAGAAGCUGCUUUGAUCAUUUUAGAGUGGUUAAAAGUAUUUUAUACAUUACAAUAUAUUUCUCAAUAUUUAAUGAAGAUCUUAGGGUGGAAAAGUUGAAAAUUGAGUUUUCACAUAAAACAACUUGGUAGAGUUAACCCAUGGGCAAAAAUUUUAAAUUUUUUUCUUUUGGGUCACUUAGACUUAUGAUGGAAGGUGCAAAGUACCCAGAGAUUUGGUUGAUAUUUUUAGGAAUAUUUUCAAUUUUUGAUACUUACUAAGUACAAGUGAGUUUGGAAACAAAAAUGUAUUUAUAUAUUAAUAACUAUUUUUCGAUAUUUCACGAAGACCUUAGGUUGAAAAGUUGAAAAUUGAGUUUCCACAUAAAACAACUUGGUAGAGUUAAUCUAUGGGCAAGUAUUUUGAUUUUUUUUUCUUUUUUGGUCACUUAAAUGCAUGAUGGAAGGUACAAAGUACCCAGAGAUUUGGUUGAUCUAUUUAGGAAUAUUUUCAAUUUUUGGUACUUAUUGAGUACAAGGAAGUUUAAAAACAGAAAAAUACCAACAUGGUUAAACCAACUGUACCAGGAAAAAUAAAAAAAACUUUUAGAUUGUAAAAUCAUGUUUUGUUUAAAAGACAAUUAAGUUGGUAUGUUGGAGACAUUAAAAUGGGCAGACAAACAAGGUAAAUAAAGGUUGUGUAUUGUCUUAUAAGUCAGGUAGAAACUGUCAUUAGGAUUAUGUUUGCUGCAGUUGUAUAUGG